UUUUUUUCCUUCCUAAUUACCCGAGUACUGGCGAUGACAAGGCAGAGUCACGCAAACGGAACCGCCACGACAGGGUAGAUCAUCUGUUAGGAUUAUUUAUUUAUUUAUCCAUUUAUUUAUUUAUUUAUUUACUCACCCAGUUCGCGGGUUGUAUUUCAUAAGAUUACGAAGAUGCUGAAGAUCAAGAAACAUCAACAGCCCACUAUUACACGAUUGCGGAAAACACAAGGGAAUAAAGGCAGCUAGUCAUGAAGCAGAAACGCCACAUGGGAAAUGUUGCUGAUGAUGACAGAGCGAUGAGAAGAGCGGAUUAAAAGGCAUGGCUGAGCUCAAGGUCCUCUAUCCUGGUCCUUUAAGUGGUCAGAUUGCGAACAGGGACCUCGAGUGGACUGUACAACACGAGAAAAGUUAUUAUCCAGCAUGCACGGACGAAGCGGCUUUUUUAAUCGAGCGCCGCUGCGAGGCUGAACCGGAGGCGCGCGCGAGAGGACAGAUUGGCUUUUCAGCACCACGGACAGAGCCUCCGCUUCUCCUCCAGUGGGGAACUGAUGAAGAAGUUCACGUGUGUCACGAUGAGGAGUUUGAAACUGGGUUUUCCGAGAUAACUGACGUCGAAAUACGCAUUCAGGACCCAGAGAGCAACUGUGAACAUUCUAGCUCUUUCUGUGAUCCGGAGCUCUCUGAUGAGGAUUUUGCAGCAGAUCAGACUGAAAAGUCAGCUGAUUACGGCUUCAUUAGUGCAGUGACUUUUUUGGUGACCGGGAUGUUUUUGGUGGUUGUUUCUUACAUGAUCCCUCGUGACGUCAGAGUGAGUCCAGACAGUGUUUCAGCACGGGAAAUGGAGCGUCUGGCCCUUGAGAACGCCCGGGUAGGCGCACACCUGGACAGAUGUGUAAUUGCCGGUCUUUGUCUCCUGACACUGGGUGGUGUAGUGCUCUCCACCUUACUAAUGAUCUCUUUGUAUAAAAGCGAGAUGGACAGACGGCAGGCUUUUGCGAGCUCCAAGCACUCAGCCAAACUCUACGGGUCUAUUAAUUUUAGAGGCGUAGGUAAUCAAAACAGUGUCCCGUCACAUCUGUCUCUGGAUGAGGAUGAUGCAAUGAUUGAAAUUUCGAGCUGAAACCUGUUUUUCUCUGACUAUGUAUGGUAUUUGACAUUGGUUUAACCCCUUGUCUUAUUAUUCAGUUAUUCAUAUGGAAUCAUAUUAGUCAGGGGCUACAACAAUUUAUUCAGUACCUACAGUGAAAUGAAUAGAAAAGGUAUGUAGUUUGAAGUGAGAUAAAUUUUAUUCUGGGAGUUUAAGGGGUUAACAUUAUUAUUUCACUAAUUACUGUGAAUUCUAGUGAGCAAGAACAAUGUUACAUAAUAAUGAAACAGUACAAUUCAGUACAAACAUGAACUCCACCCUCAAUCAUGACUAACUCUCGUUCUCUUUAUUUUCUUUGAUAUACAACCUGAAUCAUGUGAACUGGAACAAAUUUACAGGAAUGAGAGCAUGUGGGAAUUGGACCAUGAGUAGCAAGGGACUCAACAUUUAUGCCUCAGUUUCCCAAAAGAUUAUGAAUAAAUGGCAACGUGAACAUCACACUAAACACUCAUCCUCCAAAUUAAAAUGAUUACUUUACAAUACUUUUGGGAAAUUGAAGCACCAGGAUUAGAGAACUAGAGAAUGACAUCAAACACUGUGGUAUUUUUCGAUCAUGUGUAUUAGAUAACAUCUCCCUUGCAUGAAACAGAUCCUUAUGACAUAUACAUAUGUCGUUGUAAUUCACCGUAAACAGGCUUUCUUGUAGUAACAGUUGCAUUUAAUGGUCGCAUCGAUAGCAUACAGUGUGUCAUCAAGUCAGUUUGUGCAAAUACACAUACAUGUCUUUUAUAUAUCUAAUCCUAUGGUAGCAGUAGUGCAUUUUUUUGUUGGGAUAUUUUAUAUGACAGCCUGUCAUCAUUUAAAUACCGCAUCUCCAAGUAAAAUGAACCUCUGCAUUUGCAUGUACAUAAUCAAUGUGUACACAUUUAUAUACUCAGCCUGAGUGGUCUUGAGUAGCCGACAUUAAUAAACAGAGGAUGCAGUUACUGUUAGCAGAUGUCUCUCUUGAGCAAACACACACACACACACACACACACACACACAGGUAAUUAAUAACGCAUACACAACUCAAGCUAGAAGGGUCACUUGAUUUACAAAUGGUGUUUAUGAGAGAAACAUUUAUUUUAGAAAGUAUUAUCGAGCAUAUCUCUUAAAUCAUGAAGAUGGAUGUUUAAAAUGUUACAGGGAAACACAUUCAAACCAACUCUUAGCUUAUAAAUCUGGAAUAAAAAAUGCAAGGUGUCAAACGUGGGUCAGCACAUCCAAUGAAAAUGUCCAGAGCACAGAAAAAAGGGACUGUAAAAUGUCAAAGAAAAUAAAAAAGGCAAAGGAAUGAUCCAGCAUGUAUUGAAAAUGUUCAUGAAAUGUCAAACACUAACAUUAAUCUCUUUUUUUAAUGGUUAAUACUGGCUGAGAAGAGCUUCUUCGCUCAUCAAUGUCAAGCUGCUAUUUCUUCCUCAGUGGCCAUUCAGCCUCACUUUAGGUUUAGUAAAUACACACUGAGAAGACUCGGAACAAGCAGGAGCCUCUCUCACUUUGCUCGGGAGUGUUGUGCAGUGCAGCUUUUUCAUAAUGAGAAACGCUUACUAUGAGGCGGAUUAAAUUAUCUCAACUUACACAGCAAAACUGCUGUUCUGCCAUAUUAAGGAAUCCUCAGACUGGCUGCAUCACAAGCAUACACACCACAGCGUUGUUUAAUCUCUGUACACAUGAAACGUUUGCUCAUGGGGUAUCAUGCCGUUUAUGUGUUACACAUAGAUGUACUAAUAAGGUUUAAUGAAUGCUAAAAGGAUGCAAAUAUGAUUAUGGGGGUGGUGACU